UCCGGAGCGUGGGGAUCCCGCCGGGAGAGUCGGGCUGCGCGGUGAGAGCCCAGGGGUGUGGGGCGGGGGAUCCCAGCCAGUCCCCGCCCUGUUCUCCCGCCCCUCCCCCGCCUCCUCCAUGCCCCUCCCCCCGCCUCCCCUCUGGUUGGAAAGUUUCUAGAAUCUCUUCCCAGCGGCCUUUGCGGUUCCAACAUGGCGGAGCUGACGGUGGAGGUUCGCGGCUCCAACGGGGCUUUCUACAAGGGGUUUAUUAAAGAUGUUCAUGAAGACUCCCUGACGGUUGUUUUUGAAAACAAUUGGCAACCAGAACGCCAGGUUCCAUUUAAUGAAGUUAGGUUACCGCCACCACCUGAUAUAAAAAAAGAAAUCAGUGAAGGAGAUGAAGUAGAGGUAUAUUCAAGAGCAAAUGAUCAAGAACCUUGUGGAUGGUGGUUGGCUAAAGUUCGGAUGAUGAAAGGAGAAUUUUAUGUCAUUGAGUAUGCUGCGUGUGAUGCCACUUACAAUGAAAUAGUCACAUUUGAACGACUUCGGCCUGUCAAUCAAAAUAAAACUGUCAAAAAAAAUACCUUCUUUAAAUGCACUGUGGAUGUUCCUGAGGAUUUGAGAGAGGCGUGUGCUAAUGAAAAUGCACAUAAAGAUUUCAAGAAAGCAGUAGGAGCAUGCCGAAUUUUUUACCAUCCAGAAACCACACAACUAAUGAUAUUGUCUGCCAGUGAAGCAACUGUGAAAAGAGUGAAUAUUUUAAGUGAUAUGCAUUUGCGAAGUAUUCGUACAAAGUUGAUGCUUAUGUCUAGAAAUGAAGAGGCCACUAAGCAUUUAGAAUGUACAAAACAACUUGCAGCAGCUUUUCACGAAGAAUUUGUUGUGAGAGAAGAUUUGAUGGGCCUGGCGAUAGGAACACAUGGUAGUAACAUACAGCAAGCCAGGAAAGUGCCUGGAGUUACAGCUAUUGAGUUGGAUGAAGACACUGGAACAUUUAGAAUCUAUGGGGAGAGUGCUGAUGCUGUAAAAAAGGCUAGAGGUUUCUUGGAAUUUGUGGAAGAUUUUAUUCAGGUUCCUAGGAAUCUGGUUGGAAAAGUAAUUGGAAAAAAUGGCAAGGUUAUUCAAGAAAUAGUGGACAAAUCUGGUGUAGUUCGAGUAAGAAUUGAAGGAGAUAAUGAAAAUAAGCUACCUAGAGAAGAUGGGAUGGUUCCGUUUGUGUUUGUUGGCACUAAAGAAAGCAUCGGAAAUGUGCAAGUUCUUUUAGAGUAUCAUAUUGCUUACCUAAAGGAAGUAGAACAGCUAAGAAUGGAACGCCUACAGAUUGAUGAACAGCUACGACAGAUUGGUAUGGGUUUCAGACCUUCUUCCACCAGAGGGCCUGAAAAAGAAAAAGGAUAUGCCACUGAUGAAAGUACCGUCUCUUCUGUACAAGGUUCUAGGUCUUAUAGUGGAAGAGGCAGAGGUCGUCGGGGCCCUAAUUACACCUCCGGUUAUGGUACAAACUCUGAGCUGUCUAACCCCUCUGAAACAGAAUCUGAGCGCAAAGAUGAGCUGAGUGAUUGGUCACUGGCAGGAGAAGAUGAUAGAGAUAGCCGGCAUCAGCGUGACAGUAGGAGACGCCCAGGAGGAAGGGGCAGAAGUGUUUCUGGGGGUCGAGGUCGUGGUGGACCACGUGGUGGCAAAUCCUCCAUCAGUUCUGUGCUCAAAGAUCCAGACAGCAAUCCAUACAGCUUACUUGAUAACACAGAAUCAGAUCAGACUGCAGACACGGACGCCAGUGAAUCCCACCACAGUACUAACCGUCGCAGGCGGUCUCGUAGACGGAGGACUGAUGAAGACGCGGUUCUGAUGGACGGAAUGACGGAGUCUGAUACAGCUUCGGUGAAUGAAAAUGGACUAGAUGAUAGUGACAAAAAACCCCAGCGACGCAAUCGUAGCCGCAGGCGUCGUUUCAGGGGUCAGGCAGAAGAUAGACAGCCAGUCACAGUUGCAGAUUAUAUUUCUAGAGCUGAGUCUCAGAGCAGACAAAGAAACCUCCCAAGGGAAACUUUGGCUAAAAACAAGAAAGAAAUGGUAAAAGAUGUGAUUGAAGAGCACGGUCCUUCAGACAAGGCAAUAAAUGGCCCAACAAGUGCUUCUGGCGAUGAAAUGUCUCAGCUACAACGUACUCCAGGAGAAGACAAGAGUGACACCUUAAAAGAAGAAAACACUCAAGAAUCGGCAGUCCUGAAUGGCGUCCCAUAAACUGAACACGUUCCUAGUUUACAGCUCUUUUACAUUACAUUUUACAAUAAUAGUGCUUGUACAGCUUGCCAAAGAUAGAAUAUGGAUCGCCAGUCUUUACACCGCACUUUCAGUUCCUCCAUUUGGAAUUCAGAAAGGGGAGGGAUCCUGAGGAAAUCCUAUGUUAAACAUACUUUGACACCUACUGUGUUAUAAAAUAUAUCAUCAGAUGUGCCUUGAGAAUAGUAUAUGUAACAUUAAAAAAAAGUUGCUGGCUAUAGGAAAUGUUAUUUUGUUUUCAAAAUAUGGCAGAGAUGGGGGAGGGAGACGGGUGGGGUGUGGGAUCCCUAACAUAAUACUCUAUGAAAGCAUUAGCUGCUUUUGUUACAUUUUUAAUAAUAUGCAACCACUCCUUCACCUGAGGAAAACUAGGAUGAAAUGCAGUCUAAAAUAUUUUGCACUGAAUUGUAAUUUCUUCAUUAGUUUAGUCUGGAAACUGGUCUGUUUUACUGUGUUUUUUAAAUGCUGUAUGUGGAGGAAAAGCUGCACACCACUGGAAGACAUUUGUCAAACUCACCUGCAGGGACACUGGGUGAUAUCGGCAGUGACUGUUCUACAUUGAGGCUUUGUUUGGUUUAUUUAUUAAAGUGUACAGUAUUUAAAAAUCAAACAUAGCUUUAGUAAAAACACUAAGCUGAAUUCGUCAUGUCCAUUCAGACAUAACCUGAACUACUGAAAAGAUCAAUUUCCAGAAGGUUUAUUCUAUGUAAACUACAUGUUAGUCUUGAGUAGGGUAUUAUCCUCACUACCCCCCCCUUUUUUUUAAUUUUGGUUGUUUGAUGUGCAAUAUGUUUUUGUAUGCAGGUAGUAAAUAAACUUUGAUCUUCCA